AUGUCCGAUACUAUCAGUCCUAUUAUUACUUACUCCAAAGGAGAUCUCGAAGUUGGACCUAUAACUUCAAAAGUUCAUGUUGAUAACUUACGUGUAACUUCGAUUUUAUCCAAUAGAGAUAUCGUUAUCAAUGUCGAUCAUGAAGUUGAUGAUGAUGAAGCCAUGAUCUUGGCUAUGGGUUAUAAACAAGAAUUUAAAAGAGAAUUCUCCUUAUGGUCAGUUUUUGCUGUUUCAUUCUCUGUUCUUGGUUUAUUACCUUCUAUUGCUGCUUGUUUCGAUUAUCAACAAUUGGUUAUUGGUAUGAGUCCAAUUCCAUGGCUUUUAGCUGUUUUAUUUGUUACUUCGGUGGCUUAUUCUUUAGCAGAAAUUGCAUCUGCUUUCCCAGUUUCAACUGGUACUCCUUAUGCUGUUUCUCAAUUAGCUCCUCCAAGAUAUAAAGCUUAUUUAACUUGGUUUACUUGUUGGGCUAAUUGGUUAUGUCAAAUUACUGGUGCUCCAUCCGUUAAUUACUCAACUGCUUGUAUGAUGUUGGCUUUAAAAUCCUUUUGUCAACCAGGUUAUUCUGCUACAAAUGGUCAAAUUUAUGGUUUAACUACUGGUAUUCAAAUCACUCAUGGUCUUAUUUCUUCUUUACCAACUUUAUGGUUAGCAAGAUUUAAUUCAAUGGGUACUGUUGCUAAUAUCUUAUUUCUUUUCAUUGUUUUCAUCAUGAUUCUUGCUGCCAAUGAUCGUGUUGAAAUGUAUGAUGGUACUAUUCCAAAAUUUAAUACUAAUGCUAUUGCUUGGUCAUUAGAAAACCAAACUGAAUGGCCCCAAGGUAUUGCUAUGUUAAUGUCUUUCCUUGGUGUUAUUUGGGCUAUGAGUGGUUAUGAUUCUCCAUUCCAUCUUUCUGAAGAAUGUUCAAAUGCUGCUGUUGCCGCUCCAAAAGCUAUUGUUUUAACUUCUACCGUCGGUGGGGUUAUUGGUUUCUUAUUCAUGUUAGCCAUUGCUUAUACUUUAGUUGAUAUUGAUUUAAUCGCUGAAGAUCCUCAAGGUUUAGGCCAACCAUUUGUAUCUUAUUUAGCCCAAAUCUUAAAGAAAGAUUUGGUUAUUGCUGCUACUGCUUUCACUAUUAUUUCAUCUUAUUUUAUGGGUUGUUCUUGUAUGUUAGCUGCUUCAAGAGUUACAUUUGCUUAUUCAAGAGAUGGUUUAUUCCCAGGUUCAAGAUGGUGGAAAAUUGUUAGUCCAUUAACUAAGACUCCAAUCUAUGCCGUAUGGAUUAAUUUAUUUCUUGGACAAUUAUUAUUAUUAUUAAUGUUUGCUGGUGAUGGAACUGCUAUUGGAGCUAUUUUCUCUGUUGGUGGUAUUGCUGGUUUCGUUUCAUUCACUAUGCCAACCUUAUUAAAGAUCACCUAUGCUAGAAAUACUUUUAAACCAGGUCCAUGGAAUUUAGGUAGAUAUUCAACUCCAAUUGGAUUUGUUUCAUGUGCUUUUGUGUUGGUUAUGAUUCCAAUCUUAUGUUUCCCAGAUGUAAGAGGAGCAGAUUUAAAUGCAAGUCAAAUGAAUUGGACAGCUGUUGUAUUCUUUGGUCCAUUACUUUUAUCAACCAUUUGGUUCGUUGUGGAUGCUCAUAAAUGGUAUAUUGGUCCAAAGAGUAAUCUUGACGAAGCUGAUAUUAGUUACGAAGAUUCUCCUUAUCAAGAUAGUCCUCUUGAUGAAGUUCUUGAAGGUAAGGAACAAGAUGAAUCUUUAGAAAUUUCAGAAGAAAAGAAAUAA